AUGAACAAAGAGAUUCAACUACUACUUCUAGAUGAAGUGACUACAAACAACGAGAAAAUGAACCAGAUAUAUGAAUUGCUAAAGAUCUCAAGUGAGAUUAUUGAACAGUUUGAAGAACAAGGCCUGGAACAUGAUAAUUUGUUGAUUAUUCAUUAUAGAAACGCCAGAGAAAUAUUGAAGAUACUAGACCGUUCAGAUUAUCUGGAAUUUUACAUAAAGCUGCUGGAAUUUGGAUGUUCAACUGCUUCGUCAAACUCAAUCAAUGAGAUAAGGCAUGCCCUAUCACACGGUGAACCUCAUGAACAAGAAGUUUUCGAAUUUGCUGCGAUUUUUACACAUGCUGAUAAAGAGACGGUGGAUUUCUUGAAAAGAAAAAUGCUGACAUUCUAUUCAUUUGAUAUGAUUAAACAAAUUGUUGUGAAAUAUAUUCAAAAAGGUGAACCUGAAAAAGUUGAAUUUUAUAUGGAGUACCUCUUGACGAAGUAUGCGUUAGAUAAAGAUAAAUUAGGCCAUCAUGAUCAAAAAAUACUCACAUCUAAACUAUAUGAAGUUUUAACAUAUCAUGCUGUUAGAUUGAAAAAUUAUGAAUCAGCCAUAGGGUUACUUGAAACUGUGAAAAAUAAUGGAAUUGAAAUUAGCCCAAAAUUACUACAUAUUUUAGCAACUUCAUUUAGACAGAAAAAAAUGUUUGAUGCUGUUUUAGUUGUGCUUAGAAAAGCAGCUGAAAUGAUGGAGUAUCAAAAUGUUGGUAAUUUCUAUAAAAACAUGAUCAUUGGUGAGUUGUUGAUCACUUUGAGAGCUAAAUUCCCAGAUAACCCCAAAGUCUUGAUUAGCCAAUUCAUAUCCAUAUUCCCCGGCUCUGAAAUAAUGUUGAACCAACUAGGGCUGCUAAGUCUGAUUUACAAUGGAACAGUUGAUGAGAUUGGAAAUUUAAACAACAAUCUACCAGUUUCAAAGUCUGAAGUCUCUGAUUUCAUCAAAAUAACAGAUGGCUAUCCAACUAUAGAGAAUAUGACUGAGUUGUACAUCACUGUUUUGAAUCAUAUUGGGCUUCAUAAGCAUAAGUACUCCAGUGAAUUUGUUUUUAAUGAGUUAUUCAACAAGUUUAAAGAUUAUGUGGUUCAAGUCCAAGAAGCAAAUAUCCCAAACCAUCCAUUCUCGAAAGAUAAAAUGGAUGAAGGUAUCGUUAACGUUUUCGUCAGAAGAACAAUUGAAGAUUUGAAAAAUCCUUCAUUAGCUACAGCUUUCCUCAAAUCGUUUUUGCAAACCUGUGAUUUUAGAAGGUUUGAUGGUCGUGCUGCUAGUAUGAUUCUUUACUUCAAUAGAGAUAAUGCUGAACAUUAUGAACUGGAUGAACUUAUAACCAUCAUGGGUAAAUUACAUGCCCCAUUGGGGUUCUAUGCUAUAACAGCUAUGAUUUUAAGAAAUGAUAAACGCAUGAACUACGAGGAAGCAUAUGAAUGGUAUAAAAAAUUGUUAACAUUAGGAAAAUCAAUAACACACUUUGAUUUGAUUCAAGUUAUAAAAAAACAUGGCUGGGAAUUACCAGAAGAUUUUGAUCACAGCUUGUUGAAACUUCAAUAUAUGAACUUACAGGAUAGAAGGGAAAUAGAGUUUGAACAAGAUAACGAUGAGGUUGUUAUAAAUGAUCCUGAAUUUGUUCAAAACUUAUCAGCUACUUUAGAUGAAGUGGUGACAAAAUAA